AUGUACUCCUUUAUCUCUUCUUUAGCUCCCUCUACUCGUGUCCUCAGAUCUCGUGGUAACAUACAACCUUCAGAUCCAGAUCAACCCAAGCCGGUCCCGUCUCCUUCUGUCACUAGCUCUAGCUCCUCGAAGCGAUUUACAGAUUCACAAGCCAAUAUUGUUAGUACACGAACUCGAAGCCUCAGUGCCACCAUCGAAGUCUGCUCUUCUUCAUCCAACUCAAAUCCGACCGUUUCGCAACUUCAGACCUUGAAUUCAUGUUUGGUAUCUCCCCAUCGUCGCCUCAUGCCCACCCGCAGGUGUUCUCGAGCUCGUCCUUUCACUCCCAUAUUGCAGUCUACUCAGGCCGAUUCUGAUGAUCCCAAGAGCAAUAAGAAAGGGCCACAUUUGAGUUCGGAUGCAUUGUCUACUAUCGCCAAGUCUUUGACGAGCCCUGUUGAUCAAAGGCUAUCUCCAUCGGCUGAUGAUAGUCAUCAACUUCGCAUGAAUUCCUCUACCAAUCCUUCUGCUCAGUCCUCCCAGCCUUCUGAGACGAAACUUCCACAACCUGCAAGUGUUAUAGCGGUGGAAGAGAACAAGCAAGACGGCGACAGAACCGAAGCACGCGAUGAUGACUCAUUGUUGGCCUCUUGUCCCAACCAGAAUCCAGACUGCUCAGGUUCCACUUCGCCAGUGGCACUGCUACUGUCGCCAUCCAGACCUCUAGCAUCACCCUCAGCUAAUCCAAUUCCCGACUCCGAUAGGGAUAGAAAUAAAGUCUCUGAGACCUCCACUUUGCUGCCGAACGAAUCCUCGAGCACAUCACUGAUGUCUGAUUCACCUCAGCCUUCUUCGUGCCUCUCACCUAGGACACUCUCACCUCAUGCUCAUCCUAAAGUGCCAUCCACUUCAUGUCCACCUGUUUCCAUCGCCGACGUCUCUGUCUCGAAUGCCCCGAUUACACUUGCUGACAUAAUUACAGCUGAGCUAUCACAGAGUACUCUUGUCUUUUUUGAAACCGUAUCUCGACUCGAUUGUUUUAGCCAACUGAUCCAGCUCCGAAAAAAGCUAAAUUCUUCAAAAUCAAAUAAAUCCUUCUCUCCUCAAAUAGCGCCGGUUUCUGAGUUAUUGAGGCCUCAUGAAGAAAGUCUAGGGCAAUCAUUCUGCCACAGUCCCCACGCAGAGUCUGGCUCAAGAGCUUGCCUAUCUUACGAACAAAUUGAGCAAGUUGAUGUUGUCCAGUACAAUGACGAAACACAAGAUGAUGAAGAC